CAAAGGGUGGGGGGGGGAAGGCAAGGGGGAAAGGAACAAGGGAGAAAACCCUCCCCUCCCACCAUAAAGAUAACAAAUUUUGUACAUAUUCCCUAUCUCACUAUCAGAAGCCCCAUCCUUGUCCAAAGAUGAAAAUUAUCUCCGUUGGUGCUGUCCUCACUACUGCCUGGAUGCUCCUCACUGUACCACAUGCCUUCAGCUGGAUUAGCCCACAGCCUAGCCAUAACGUUUGGGUAACCUUAGCAAAGACAUUAAAACAGGGUAACGUGCUUAUCCAUGGGAAGCCUUGAUAACCCACUUUCCACAUGUCUGGUAGGGAUUCCAUUCGUAGCAGAUGACUGGCCCAUCUAUAAUUCAGAGCUCCUCUGCACCACAGGUAAGAGACCCAACCUGGUAGAUACUUGGGAUGAGUGGACAAAAAUGUUGCCCAAUGCUCUAGAGGAACCCCAAGAAUUGAACCUGUUGGGGUCCUCCAAGGCAACAUACUGUGUCAAAUUUUACUUUAGACGUCCAAAGAAUAAUUGGCCAGAAAUUGACCAGACAAAAAACACAUACAGGAAAGACAUAUCACCCAUUAACAAAGCCUAUAACUAUCCGCAUUGGUGCAAUUACACCGCUCGGGUGAUCUCUGUAUCCUCUCUCCACCCCAAAGUACUACCCAAAGGAAUGUUUCUCAUCUGUGGUGAUGGAGUAUGGGCUGGGAUCCCCUUGCAUCUCCAGGGAGGUCCCUGUAGCCUUGGAAAACUUUCUACCCUCACUCCAAAUAUUACCUUGUUACAUAACUGGAAAAAAGAAAGCGAAUUAAAAUGCCACAAAAGAUCCUACAUGGAAUUUGAUGAAAACUGCGAUCCCAAAUUAUAUGAUCGGAACAAACCAAAAAAGACUGCGGUCUCCCUAUUCCUACCCUGGGUAGCUGCAGCUAAAGCCCUUGGUGAAAUAAAUCACCUAGGGUGCUGGCUCAGUAAGCAAGCCAACACUACAUCUGCCACCCUGAGCAAUCUUUUAAAGGAAGAAGAAACCAUGAGACAUGGAUCACUUCAAAAUCGAGCAGCAAUCGACUUCCUACCGCUUGCCCACAGACAUGGCUGCCAAGACUUUAAAGGGAUGUGCUGCUUCAAUCUCUCUUCACGCUCAGAAUCCAUCCACGCAAACAUCCAGAAACUGAAGGAACUUGUGAAGGACUUAAAAGUAGAAAACAACCCAGACUGGGUCAAUGACUUUUUCGGUCAAUGGGGAUUAACAGGAUGGGUUGCAUCUUUGGUUAAGGAAAUUUUGUGGAUUUUCAUGCGGAAAUCAAGGGGAGCCGAUAUACCACAAUUGCCUAGAGACUAUCAAAGCUACCUAUUCCAGCUGCCCAGAUCUUAAGGAUACCCCUUUGGAUAAUGCAGAGACCUGGUUCACUGAUGGGAGCAGCUACAUCACCCAUGGAAAACGGCAUGCUGGGUAUGCAGUUACUACUUGCAGAGAAGUAAUAGAAUCGGGACCUUUGCCAACAGAUACCUCUUCACAAAAGGCCAAGAUAAUUGCUCUAACCUGUUGUUAUGGGUUGGCGCUGGUGUAGUGCUAGUCUACUCAUGAAAAUAUAUAUUUUUUAAAUGGCUACUGUGAGAUGUGACUAGGGACAGAGUAGAGCAGGCUUAAGUUUAGAAAUAAAGGAAAAAACUUUAUUAACUUAUACUACGGUAAAAGGAACACACAGGAAAAUGGAAUGAAAACUCUCUAAAACAUUCUUCCUCCCUCCACUUAAUUUUUACCAAAACACAGUGAGACAAAACUUUGGACUCUUGAUUAAGUUACUACUCUUCAGAUAAUUAAUUCUUAGUCUAUCAGGGGAGAGAGGAGUCUUUUUUUGUACUAUAGUCUUCUACAGGAAAUACAGUUGAAAUUUCUGAUGUUUUCAUGUCAGACAUGGCACUGCUUAGAGAAAAUCUGCUACUGUGACAUCUUCUUUCUAUGUAUAGUGCUCUCACUACUGUGCAUGGACCGAAACUGCUUAUAGGGUUCUUUUAAGGAUGCUUUGCUAAGUACUAAAGAACAACAGUUUCUCAUUUUGGGAUAACAGUUUCCUCUAUUUUUUCCUCCCCUGGGGCUGAGGGUCUUGAAAACAGAGAUCUUCUUUUUCUCUGAAGACAGAGGGCACCACCACACCCUCCUCAACUUUUCUCUGUUCACUCUACUCUUGCACAUGACGUCACUUACUGAAGCAGGCCACUCUCACUCUUGUACUCUCUUGGCUCAAGUCAUUGCAUCCCCCUAAAUGCAGUUUCUGUGUUGGGGAGAAUUGGUUCAGUCUAUGGCUAUACAAGAAAAGUCCAGUCAAAGGCCAUUCCAUCAUCUCCUCCUACUUAGGAUUUCUUUUCUAUCUUUUUCUGACAUUUCAGGUCUCAGACUGUCUCUCUUUCAAAUCUAGGAGGAGUAGUGUUUUGCAAAGCUUUCUUUGCCUAAGAAAGGGUUAAAAGUCUCGGGCUCUCAUGACCAGGCUGCUCAGAACUCUCACAGCUGGGCACCUUCCCCCCCCUUCUCUUUCUCCUCUGCCGGCAUACUGCCAGCACAUGAGAUCAAAUUUCCAGGUGGGACAGGCUCUCUGUCUCUCUUUCUCUGUCUCUCUCUCUCCAUCUGAGGGGGGGGGAACAAAGACAUCUCAGUUUUUCUCUUCCGUCUUGCAGGGGCCAAUACGGUUCUAUACCCUUCACCCCCUGGCUUACUUCUCUUAGGCUGCAUGGCUUCCCCUCCCCUACCCAGCCUGUGGCUGGGCAGGGGAUGUCUGAAUUCUUCACUGACUGGAACAAAAGAGAGCAUUCCCCUGGGAGUUCUUUACUUUUUUACCCUGUGUUCUCAGAGGCGUGUCUAGGUCUUUAGUGGCCACACUAGGCGUCAAUAUUCAAAUCUGACUACUGAUUGGUUUGACUACAACUUCUUGAGAAAAUUCACUUCCUUGUCAACCUAUGACACUCUACCCUUCUCCUCUGAGAACAUACCUUUCUAAAAUGAUUAUCAAAAUUACAUUCAACACACUUCUACUUAAAGCAAUAACUUACACUAAACCUCUACCCCUGGAUUUUCACUAUUAAUCUACUUUAACUUUUUAACUUCUACACCACCACUGGACCUUCAGAGGAAAACUACACCCUUCUACAGGAUCACUGCUUCAAAAGAACCACAUUUGUCACUCAAAGAGGACUGCAGCCACCAUUUAAUCAGACUGCUACCAACACCCUGACCAACAGGGUGUCAGGUCAUAUUCUGACUCUGUCAGCGUUGUUUUGUAUUACUGCAUUUUUAUUUUGAAUUUUCUUAAUAAAGAACUGUUAUUCCUGCUCCCAUAUCUUUGCCCUUAAUUUCAAAAUUAUAACAAUUCGGAUGGAGGGGGUUUACAUUUUCCAUUUCAAGAGAAGCUCCUGCCUUCCUUAGUAGACACUCAUCUUUUCAAACUAAGACAGAUUUUGGCACCCAAUGUGAAGCACGAGGGCAUUGAGAGAAAAAGGAUGAAAAAAGGAAUAGCAGUUCUUGAGUAACCUAAUUUUUGUGUGCUGAUAUAGAAACCUCAUUAGGUGUCACCAUAUGGUCUAGCUUGCCCUGGUUUGGAUGGCACGUGGUUGUGGCUAUAUUUCUCCCAUUUGCAGGCCCUUAUGUAUACAUGUGUCCCAUAACUAAGGCUACUGUGGCUGUUAUCCAGUUUGCUUUAUAGGUUAAUAAAGUGAUGAAUUAAUGGAUUUUUAACUUCCUCUGGAAGGUAGGCACAUGGAUUCAGAGCUAUCACACACUAACUGUAUGUUUUUGGGGUUACUUUAAUAAUGGUACCUACUGUAAAGAAAUUACACCGGGGGAAAUUUUCUCCCAACCUUUCAACCAGCUCUUUGGGUUUGCCCCAUCAGUUUUCGAAGGGUUCAAAUCUUCUCUAAACAAUAAUGAUAUCAUACAGUAGUUAGUGUUGCUGAUAUGCCUGUUAAACCUGUUCUAUUUAGCAUUCAGAUAUUAGGGAAGAUUAACUUGGAUAACCACCCUUAUACCUACCCCAGAAACUAGGGAUGCUGCCACAGAGCCUGAUACUGCCCCAGAGACUAGGGAUGCUGACACACCACCUGACCCUGCCCCACAACCCACCUCAGAAAUAAACCACCCAAACUGGAUGGGGGUAAUGGAAGAGAAGAUAUGUCAGGUGCUGAAGGAAUACAUUUCCCCAGCUGGUGAGAAACCCUACCCCUGCCUUAAAGAGGAAGAGUCUAAUAGUACAGCAGUGGAAUCCACAGACAUUACAACCAUCCAGGUUCCAGCUGAACUGAAAGGGCAGUCACAGCCAGCAGCAGUCUUCCCUGUGGACACGAGGAAGUCUAAGAUUAAAUCAGAGCACCCAGAUAAUAAGGAUAAGAAAGGAGGGCCCUCACAACCUGCAGGGGAGCCAACAUUUGAGAUCAUCACCUAGUCCCUGACGUAUGAAAGUCUCCGUAUCUGCACAAAGUCAUUGUACGAUGGUGGUGUAAAGCUUAUACAACCUAGUUAUUCAGGUCUGGGACCUUAUGGGUACAGGCAUGAAACUGGAUAGUGAGACAAAGAAUUUGGUAUCCUUGACUCAAGACUCAGGUAUGAAUCAGGUAUUUGUAAGGGAGCCAGAUCCCUUUCCCUCUGCGAGCAGCUUUAAUGAGUGUAAGAGAGAAGUUUGUCCACAGAGAGCAAAUGCAAGAGUACCAUAAUAGAAUGCUCUAGAAGACCCUUGAAGAAGAGAUCCAACAGCUGAGAGAAGUGGCAGUAUUGGAGGUACUCUUUGUGAGGGAUGGACAGCAUGAUAAUGACCCCAACAAGGUCAGGUGCACAGGGCAAAUGUUGUGGAGUCUGGCAAAUCUAGGGCCAUCUCAAUAC